AUGGACGACGCUCUCUCUGCAGCUGCCCCUCCUUAUUCUUCGGUGCAGGUUGUGUAUUAUUCGCCCCAUGCGCCUAUAUCCAGGCUCGCCACCGAACUCCUGCUCCAGAUUUUUCUUCUGCUACGGCCUGCCCACACGAGCAUCACCGACACGAUGCGCGAUUGGACUUGGCUCAGCAUCAUACACGUGUGCAAUAGGUGGCGCGCUGUCGCUCUUUCAUCCGCGCAAAUGUGGACCGAGAUUAUAUCUUCCCGACACACGUCCCUCACGGAAUUUAUGCUCGAGCACUCUCGGGAGAUGGCCUUACAGGUUCAGCACAUACACUCGACCGAGUUGUCAUCUUCCUUCUCUAGCAUUCUGGCCCAUGUCCAUCGCAUCCGUAACCUCGUCGUCCGUACGGACGACGACCAGUUACUUGGCCUCCUCCUUAAAUCCUUCUCAGAGUCUCAGAACCCCAACAAUAUCUUGUCGAUACUCGACUAUGACAUCUUACCCAUUUUCAGAACGUCUCAGGACACUGACAUCGCAAUCGACGAUCAGUUUCUUUCGUCCCUCCCCAAGAAACUAGUCUGGCUCAGGCUCCCGCGAAUUCGAAUUAAAUUGCCCUGUUUGCACACGCAGACGUUCGACAAUUUAACGGAAUUUCAUGUCCCGGUUCUCCCACCCACCUCUCUCAUUGACAUCCGCGCUCUGCUCGGACAUUUUCCAAAUCUGGAAGUUCUGACUCUCCAAAGCUUCAUGUUCAAUGCUGACACUGCGACGCCACCUGCACAGCCUGUCUCCCUUCCUCAUCUUAAGAUAUUAUCAUUCACUCAGCAUAUUCCAUCCACUGCCAUCGCGCAUCUGGACUCCGUCAUCCAGUUUAACGCCAAUCUCUGCGUAAACCUCAUAUUUUCUCUCGUGGUCAGAGAUAUCAUGGCAGUUUCAACCUACCUUGAUAAUCGGCAACGCCAAGGAAUCGCCUCUUUCCGACGAGUCACUUUUCAGCUCGAUGAUAUGGGUCCGAAAGGCUCUCUAAAUUACAACGGACAAAUUGCCGUUUCAUGUAAUUCAUCCGUGGAAAGCAGCUCUCCGCACAACACAUGCCUAUUUCCCGAGGCGCAAGGCCCUCAUUUAGAGCCUGGUGCUCUGAUCAUGUCUGGGCGUUACAUGAGUAGGUCGGAAUCCGAUCCUCUUAUAACCCAGUGCUCGGUGGGCCUCCUCCUGAUCGUGGGAUGUAGACGUAUCGAGAGUUUCGUUCUCAACCUUCGAGUUCACAACCUACCGUACCAGUCGUCGACUCUCUUCCCCGCUUUUGAUCAGUUCACUCAGUUAACGCGUCUCCGGUUGAUAGGGCUCGUAGCGAUCGAGACUGUUACCGAGUUCGUUAUGCAACGCGUUCCCCACCAAAGUGGCCAAAUCCCUCUUCCACUCCUUCAAAUGCUCGUGUUACACGUGAACAAAAACCACUGUUCCGCCUUCGUUACGGCAACAUUGGACAACAUCCUGGGUGCUUUCAAGGCCCGUCAGGAAAAUGGGGGCAAACGACUUCGGGAAUUGGUAAUAUGUCUUGGGAAGGAUGUCAGGCGAGAGGUGAGGCGCAAAGUGGUAGAUUCCGGCAUCGCAGAAAAGCAUGGUGUACUUCGGUGGACCAUGGGAGAGACGAUUGUCCAAGGCUAG